AAAACUGCAAAGAAAUACCUGAUAAUAUCUUCCAAACGAUUAGAGAAGACAUAACAUUCAUUAAGAAUACACAUAUAGAUGUAUAUAUACGUGUAUGUGUAUGAAGAAAACCUGCUUGAUAUCACACAGUCAGGAGUCAACUGAGUUGGGGCUUUGAACUUAGGUUUAUCUGAUGCCAAAGUUUGUGAUGCUCUUCAACCAUUUAGGGUACCGCAGAGUGUGGAUUUUGAAUCACCUGCAUCAGCAUCAUUUUAAAAUAUAGAUUCUGUGGUCCUGACCAGGUCUCUGAAGUCAGAAUAUGAAGUGGAGCUAGGAAUCUAACUUCUUAACAAGUUCCCUAGGUAAUUCUUUAUUCAAACUUUUUUUGUUUAUAUUUUGAAAUGUGUCACACAUGCAGAAGAGUUUAUAAAACACAUAUACGGUUUUAAAAAUAAUAGGAAACCCUGGUUAACAUAUUGAAGAUUUGAGAGCUCUUGUGUGCUCACUUGUUUGAUACACCUUCUCCCCCAUCAGAGGGAACUACUAUCGUAACUUUUGUGGCCUUCAUUUCUUUGCUUUUCUUUAUAGAUCCCUAAGGGUAUCCCUGAAUGAUACAGUUUUGUUUGAAAGACUGAAAAGCCCAAAGCUGGCCCUUUUGGGAAAUAGCAGUAAAUCAUUGAUAUGUGAAGGUUCCCAGCAGGAGGUAAGUUGAGCAAUGUCUUUGGGACAGAGUCUGGAUUCAGUUUCCUUGAGAAGAUUCCACCUGGGGAAGUCAGUGGGCAAGGUCUUGGGAAGAUUGUUAAUCACAGUGAGGGCAUCUGAGCAGGGCUGUGGUUUGAACAGCCGGCAAAAAUAUGGCUGAAGAGGAAGGAGGCUGCUUUUUAUCUUUGCAGCUCAGCUCAGGGAGACAUGAGUAUCUUUAGCUAAUCCAUGCAAUGGGGCGUGGGAAUGGGGACAUGGGAGAAUGGGGAGCCCAUCAGCUCCUGGUUCUUGUCUUAAUCUGUUUUCUGUUGCUAUAGCAGAAUACCUGAGACUUGGAAAUUUAGAAAGAAAAUGGUUCAUCUGGCUCAUAGCUCUGGAGGCUGGGAAGUCUAAGGGCAUGGUGGCAGCCUCUGGUGAGGGCUUUUGCUCUGUGUCAUAACAUGAACAAAAAGCUGAAGGGCAAGCCAGUGUGUGCAAAAGAGACCACAAGAGUGAGCCAAGCUCAAUUUUAUAAGAACCCGCUUUCAGGAGAACUAACUCACUCCUAUAAGAACUAAUUUACUCCCAAGAGAACAAACUCACUCCCCAAAUAACAGUCUUAUCCAUUCAGGAGGGUGGUGUUCCCAUGACUUAAUCACCUCUUAAAGGCCCCACCUCCCAACACCAUCAGUGGCAAUAAAAUUUCAACAUGAGUUUUGGCAGGGGCACUCCAAUCAUAGCAGUCAUUAAGAUAAAGUACAAAUAAGCUUUUGUAUCAGGCUCAACAGGCAGCCUGUCCUUAGACUGACUUCUUUCAUUGAGUAAUAUGCAUUUAAGUUUUCUCCAUAUCUUUUCAUGGCCUGAUAGCUCAUUUUUUUUUAGUGCUGAAUAAUAUUCCAUUGUCUGGAUGUGCCACAGUUUAUUUAUCCAUUCACCUCCAGAAGAACAUCUUGGUUGCUUCCAAGUUUUGCCAGCUAUGAAUAAAACUGUUAUAAACAUCUGUGUGCAGGUUUUUGUGUGGACAUGAGUUUUCAACUCAUUUGGGUAAAUGUCCUGUCUUUUAAAAAUAUGUUUUUCUCUCUUGUUUUUUUAAAACUUUCCUCCUCAUUUUUGCUCUAUUUUCCUAAAAGAUUUCCUUAGCUUUUUUCUUGACUCAACUGAGUUUUAAAUUUCUGCUAUUAUGGUUUUUCAUUUCUAAGAAGUAUUUUGGUUAAUUUGUUUUCUGAACAUUCCUUUUUUACAGCAUCUUGUUCAUGUUCCACACAAGCAAAACUUUGGUCUCUUAGAGGAUAUUAAUGUUAUUUAUUUAUUUUCUCCAAUUGCAUGGUGUCUGAUUUCCCCAAGUUGCUUUUUCUUUUAUCUUUUUUGUCUUUACUUUUCAUGUCAGAGGCUUUCUAGAUGUCUGUUGAACCUCAGGUGAUUCUAAUGCACCUAAUGGCCUGAGAAGCAGUGCUAGAGAGUCUCCUAACCUCUCCGAAGCUUAAUCAUCCCAACAGAGAUCCCACCAAGAAAAGUGACACAGUUCAGUAUUUUUCCCCAGAACUAGAGCUUUUCUCUUCCAAUUAGAGGCCUAGCACUUUUCCUGAAUGAAAUGUCGUAUGACAGUAGCCUUAGAAGUGGUUUCAUAAAUUAUUUUGUGCAUGGUUCACUCCCCUAGUAUGUUUAUUCGUACCCAUCUUACGUGAUUCUGCCUGUGCCAAUGCUCCUUUGUCCCUGUUUAAGUUGGAGAGAAGCCUGACACUGGCCAUCAGGAACAUGAUGCUGACCUUGGCUGUCCUCACCUGCUGGGCAGACAUAGUUGAGGCCAACAUCCUGGACCCAGAGUAGAAAUUAGAGUCCACUUGUGGAGGCAUGCAGCAGGCCGGAAAGGCCCCUGUCCAAGGCCAAAACAUCUUACCAUUGUAUUGCUGCUGCAGACAGGAAGGGGUGUAUGCCUGUAGAAGUGCUGAGGAUGUGUAAAGGGAAGCCAGGGCCUGCGGUGUUGACACAGGGCAAGUCAACUCACAUUAGAAAUGAACCAUAUUUUCUUUUCUAAUAUAUAUAUUUCAACAAUAAAGUUGUGUGUCUUAAUACGUGUGAUUAAUCUAUCUUUAGUCAUUCAAAACAUUUUUACAAAAUAGGGUGCAUAUGCAAAGAGAUUUGGCAUAGAGAAGGAGGAGAAAUAAUAACAAUGAUUUCCAAGUAGUAGACUUUUACUAUGUGUCGCGAACUUUACACAUACCUCUUUUAAAUAUUAACCUUAUGAGGUGAAUUUUAUUAUAAUUCUUUUUUUUUAUAAGUGAGAAAACAGUGAUUUGGAAAGUUAAGAAAUUUCCCCAAUGUCACUCAGCUCCAACGUAACACAGGCAAUAAGUUUGAGAAUCAGCAUUCAAGGCCAGGUCUGUUGAUGACUCUGCUGCCCACAGUCAUAACCAUUAUACCACACUGCCUACACAGUAGACACUCAGUCACUUUUGAAUGAAUGUUCUGGCAGGACCCUAUUAUUAACUUAGAUGCAAUAGCACCCAGAUUUGGACACACUAACCAUCCCAUUAGAAUCCCCUGUAUCAGUUAGCUAUUGUCAGAGUAAUGCUAUGAAACAAACCACUCCUAGUCUUAGUGGCUUAAAAUAACUGUCAUUUAUUCUGAGGGAUCUGCAGGUGAUGUGGCUCUGCUUCAGGCUGUGGUAGCUGGAAGUCAGCUGAAAUAGACCGGGCUGGGUUGAGUGGGUCUCUUUUAAGCUACAGAUCUGCAUAAACUUGGCUCCUUUCUUAGCUACUUUGCAUGUAAGCUAAUUCUGAGACUCAGCUUGAAGGGGCAGUAGCCAGCGGGGGGAAGGUCUUUUUGUAGCAAUGACAGACAUGUCAGAGGGCACACUUAACUGUACAAACCAUUUCACACCCUUGUUAGUGUCAUGUCUGCCACCAUCCCACUGCCCAAAACAAGUCAUCUGGUUGAGUCCAAAGUCAAGACAUGGGGCUGCAAAGUCAUGUGGCAGAGAGCAUAAAUUUGGGGUGGUAGUGAAGAAUUGAUGCUAAUAAUUCAACCUACCACAUCUGCCCAGACCUAACAUAUGCCUGCACAGUAUGCCUGUAAAUAAAUGUUUACAGGGAAGCAAAGUGACGAGGUCUAACAUAUUUCCUAUGUCUAUUUCAUGAAGAUCAUCAUUGCUGCAUAGAGAAUAGAUUGAAGGAACAGGGAGGGAAGCUGAGAUGCCAGCUGGGAGCCUGGUGCUGGGUGAGAGAUAACAGUGGCCUAGAUGUGGGUGGUGACAAUAGAGAUGGAAGGAUCUAGACCCAUAAGCACCACACACAGCUUAUGGAGUUACUAUCAUUGCUUUAAAGUUACUAUCAUUAUUUUAAAAAAUAGUGUAGUCUAGUCUACCAACUACACUAUAAAUUCCAUAUUUUUACAAUGUAUAUAUAAUUCUUUACAAUGUACAUGUGAGGUAGACGGUAAAAAAGAUGAAAGCAAAUAUGGAAAGGACUGUUAGAAUUUAUUUAAUUUACCCUGGGCCUAAAAAAUGUCGACACAUUAUAAUUCUCUUGAUGGGGACAGAUUUGGCAUUUUUCUAUACUUAAAAAAAUGUUCCUUUGGGAGGCCAAGGGGGUAGGAUUACUUGAGCCCAGGAGUUCAAGACCAGCCUGGACAACAUAGCAAGACCCUGUUUCUACCAAAAAAAAAAAAUAAAAAUAAUUAGCUGGGCAUGGUAGUGCACGCCUGUGGUUCCAGCUAUUUGAGAAGCUGAGGCAGGAGGAUCAUUGGAACCCUGGAGGGUGAGGCUGCAGUGAGCUAUGCUUGUGCCACUGCACUCCAGCCUGGGCGACAGAGCGAGACCCUCUCUCAAAAAACAAAAACAAAACAAAGUUCUCUUGUCUCUAAAGUUUCUAUAGUUCAGUGUGGUGACAUUUAGAACUCUAGAAUGUUGGGUUUGUCAUUUGUCAAUGACACUUAAAUAUCUGUGUAAUGGGACAGUUCCUUCCACAAAAAAAAAAAAAAAAAAAGGGAAACUCACCCAAACAAAAAGUUGUGUUUGGGUGUUGUGAAUAUGGGUGGUAGCAUUAUUCCUUUAUAGGCUUUUAAAUGUUAUCAAAUAGUUAACACAACAGGUCCUCAAAUAACAUUGUUUCCUUCAACGUUGUUUCAUUACAAUGUUGAUGAAAAAAAAAUUGAUUCCAGCCCCGGGCCACUGUCUGUGUGGAGUUUGCAUGUUCUUUCCAUGUCUGCGUGGGUUUUCUCUGGGUACUUCGGUUUCUUCCCACAUCCCAAAGCUGUGCACCUUAUGUUCAUUGGUGCGUCUGAACUGUCCCCGCGUGAGUGCGUGUGGGUGGGUGUGUGAGAGUGUGCCCUGCGAUGGAAUGGUGUCUUCUCCAGGGCUGGUUUCUGCCUGGUGCCCUGAGCUGCUGGGACACGCUCCAGCCACCACGGCCCUGAACUAGAAUGAGUGGGUAAAUAUUAAUAACUAUCUUACUUGUUUUUAUUAAUCUUUCUUAAAUACAUGUAUAGCCUUCAACGUUUGAUAUUAGAAAUGUUUUCGGUCCUUAUUUAGAAGUUUGGUGAUGUUUUGUGACCAGAAAUAUGCCAUAGGAACUCACCUCUUGUGUAUAUCAAUUAGCUUAUGGUAAAAUUGGUUCAUUCUGGACCAUUUGGCUUAAAGUCGCAGUUUCCAAGAAUUGAUCAGCAAUAAUGUUAUGAGGACUUACUGUACCGCUUUCCUAGGCCACAACAUCUGAUGAAUGCCUUCAAGUAGUACAUCAAUUAAAAUAAAAGUACGGAAAUAGCUUUAGGUGCAGCAGCACCCUCUCUCUCCGCCUCCAGUAGAUUCUCUGGAAUCGCUGGCAACUUCUUGAAUAAUUAACCUUGGUGGCCUUGAGCUCUUUCCCCUGAUCUUAGUUGUCCCUGGUUCCACCUUCUGCUCUGCCACCUUGUGGAUUUAUUGGGAAUUGCGUCUUCUACUGGGAGCCUUGCCGACUCACCUAGUUACCCCGCUGGGGCUUUUCCUGAGAACCGGGAUGGGGUUUAGAAGAGAAUUCUCACCGCCUGAGUGACACUCACAAUAAGACACUUUGCUCUUUCGGUCUUUCUAUAUUCCUCCCCCUCUCGCUUCUUUUAGGACAACAUCCAGAGGCCAAGCUGAAGGGCAUUUGAUGGCCCUGCCAGUAUCACACCUGAACGGCCCUCCCCACCCGAGACUUGCAGCAGCCUCCCAGGGUGUGAUACAGGCUCCGACUCUCUCCAGUCUCACCACCUCAGUCCACCAGAGGUUGCCUUAUGCUUUAAAAAAUUAUAAAAAUAAUACAAGCUUGCUUAAAGCUUACCAGUGAAGGAGACAGAUUUUUAAAAAGUAAACAAAUAAAUGCAAUACGUAUAAAUUAUGGUGAGUGCUGUGAGAUGGAGAGUAGUGGUGGUGGUGGGGGCAGGGAACUUUUUAUUAGGAAGGCUGGUAAGGGCAGGCUUUCCUGAGUAGGAGAAAUUUCAAAUUGAAACCUGAAGGAUGAGACAGAUCCAGUCAUUAAAAGAGGGAGAAAAAGCACAUGCAAAGGUCCUGAGGCGGGAGUGGGCUCGUUAAGCUGAAAGUGAGUGAGUGUGGCCAGAUGGCAGUGAGCAGGAGGGGAGUGGUUGGAGUAAGGUUGGAAAGGGCAGUAGGCACAAAAAACACAGGGUCCUGUCGUGCUUGGUAGGGAUUUUAAUUUUAUUCUGACUCUCAUGGGAAGAUGAGGAAAGAUCUUAUGCAUGGAAGUGAUGAGGUCUAACUGGUACUUUCUAUUUCAUCUUUGCUGCUGCCUGGAGAACAGAUUGAAGUGAACAGGGAGGGAAACUAGAAUCCCAUUUGGGAGCCAGGUGCCAGAAGCUGGGUGAGGGAAACAGUGGCCUAGACUUGGGUGGUGGCAUUAGAGACGGAAGGAUCUAGAUCCAUGUUGUCUAAUAUGGUAGCACUAGCCACAUGUGGCUACCGAGCACUUGAAAUGUGUAAGUGUAAAAUCUACACCAGAUCUUGAAGGUUUAGUACAAAAAAAGGUAUAAAAUCUCUCAUUGACAACUUGUUUAUAUUGAUUAUGUGUUAAAAUAAUAAUAUUUUGGAUAUUUCAUCAUGUUAAAAUAUAAUAUUAAAAUAUUUAACCUUUUUACUUAAAGUGGCCACUGAAAAAAUUUAAAUUACAUAUGUUGUUUGCAUCUGUGGCUUUAUGUUUUUAUUGGACAGUGCUGAUAUAGACAAAAGUUGCAAAAUUUAAAAAAAUAUUUUUUUUUGGAGACAGGGUCUUGUUCUGUUGUCCAGACUUGAGUGUAGUGGCAUAAUCAUUGCUCACUGCAGGCUUGAACUCCUGGGCUCAAGUGAUCCUCUGACCUUGGAAUCCCAAAGUGUUAAGAUUAUAGGUGUGAGCUACUAUGUCUGGCCAAAAAAUACUUCUAUUGUAAAUUUACAUUGGACACAUUAGAAAUUUAUAGCUAAGUAUAGAUUUUGUUUCUGGCCCACAGAAGAUAUUUAUUUGACAUAAUAAAACAAAAUAGUGUUCUAUCCAACCACAAAGAGUAAAAGGAGUGAAAAAUUUGAAUAUACACAUACAAAACUCAAGCUGUUUAACGUGACAAUUUUUCUUUUUUCUUUUAUUUUUAAAAUAAUGCUACUAGCUGUACGUGUUGGCUCACAUCUGUAAUUCAAGCAUUUUUGGAGGCCAAGGUAGGAGAAUUGCUUGAGCUCAAGAGUUUGAGAUCAGCCUGGGCAAUAUGGCAAAACCCAUCUCUACAAAAAUAUACAAAAAUUAGCUGGGCGUGGUGGCACAUGCGUGUAGUCUCAGCUACUAGUGAGGCUGAGGUAGGAAGAUCACUUAAGCCUGGGAGGUUGAGGCUGUACUUAGCCAAGUUCGUGCACUCCAGCCUAGGUGACAGAGGGAGACCAUGUUUCAAAAAAAAAAAAAAAAGCUCUAAAAUUCCUUAGUUAUUGAAAAUUAUGUGAAAACAGAAGGAUGUUAAUAGCAGCAGAGUGCAUGAAAUCAAAUAUUGAAUUUUGAGCAAAUGGGCCACGUGCAGUAAUUCUUUCUUGCCUGUAAUUCCAGCACUUUGGGAGGCUGAAGCAGGAGGAUCACUUGAGCCUGCGAGUUUGAGACCAGCCUGGCUAACAUAAUGAGCCCCUAUCUCUGCAAAGAAGAAAAAAAAUCAGCUGGGCAUGGAGAUGCACACUUGUAGUCCCAGAUACUCAGGAGGCUGAGAUGGGAGAUCGUGAGCUCAGGAGGUUGAGGCUGUAGUGGGCUGUGAUUGCACCACUGCACUUCUGCCUGGGCAACAGAAUGAGACCCUGUCUCAAAAAAAAAUUUACUUAUAUAUAUAUAUAUUUGAGCAAAUGAACAUGUGAGACAACUUUGCUAACAUUGCAUGAUCUUUUUUUUCUUGUUUACAAUCUGCUCAAAAUAUCUUUAUGCUGACUGUGUGGGCAGCACAUUCAGGUUUAAUAUCAGUUACACAUUAGCGUAAAUUUGGAGAAAUACACAUAGGGUACUGUUUUCUUUUGAGCUGGCAACGUGACCACAGAAACAUCAGAUCAUCUCUCUGAAUACAGAAUUUUAUCCAAAUAAAUGUCACAUGCUUUCCAGACAUAUUUUAAUCAUGUAUUGAAUUUCUUAGGCUGAGAGCAGUGUCUCAUGCCUGUAAUCCCAGCACUUUGGGAGGCUGAGGCAGGAGGAUCGCUUGAGCCCAGGAGUUUGGAACCAACCUGGUCAAAAUAGUGAGACCCUGUCUCUACAAAAUAAAAAAAUAAAAAAGUUAAUUGAGUGUUGUGGUGCGUGCCUGUAGUCCCAGCUACUCGGGAGGCUGAGGUGGAAGGAUCGCUUGAGUCUGGGAGUUAGAGGCUGCAGUGAGCCUCUGCACGCCAGCCUGAAGUGAGACCCAGAGUGAGACCCCCAUCUCAAAACCAAACCAAACCAAACCAAGCCAAACCAAACCAAAACAAAACAAGAAACUUUCUUCAUGUGAUAUUUAUAGAUGAUUUGAAUUUGAAAUGACUUCAGCUUCUUAAACUUUUGUUGUCCUUAUAAAAAUACCCUUGAAUCUGGAGCAUGGCUGGUUCCAGUCUUAUGACAGCAUGUUGCGUGAGGCCCUGUAAAAGAUGAGGAGUUGUCCCUGAGGUUAUGGGGCUUACUGGGAAGAGCACAUGAUCUAGGUUUGAAGACAGAAGACAUAGGCUCUACCUUGGCAUCCAUAAUGUGUGAACUUGAACUUGAUUUCACAUCUUUGAAUCUCACUUUUCUUACCGUAAAAUGGAAGUGGACGAUGAAUAGUACUAGCCGCCAUGAAGGUCAUAGCUUUCCCCUCAUCCUUUAUUGCACCCCACAAGGUAGGUGCUCUUAUCUCCUUUUGACAGGGGAGGAAACUGAAGUUCAGAAAGGGUAAGUCACUUACCUAAGGCUACAUUGCUAGAAAAAAUUGAAGCUAGGAUUUGAACUCUGUUUUUCUGUCUCUAAAGUCAGCUGAAAAUUGUUUUUCCCCACUCAUCAUGCCCCUUGCUAAUUUCCCUGCCUACCUCUGAGAGUAUUGGGAAGAUCAAAUUAGACUGGUGAAUGGGCUUUAGAAAAAUGUCAUAAAAGAUACAAAUGUGUAAUAGAUCAUGAAUUCUCAAUGAAACAGGAGCAUAAAUGGAAGCUCCAGAGAAACACUCACAAACGUCUGUCUGGUGCUUAUCUGUCUGUUUAAAUGAAGUGAAUAUCACAUGUUGCUUUUUCAGAUUCAAGCUCUGAAAGUCAUAUUACAGAGGAACAAUUUCCUUCCUCAGGAUGAAAAUUUACAGGAAUUCGGAGGAAAAUAUUUCAGUGGUCAUUACUAAAACGCUCAGAGUCGGAUACAUUCAGCAUCAUACCGUAAGUCCCGUUAGUCAAAGCAUAAACAAGCGCAGGGCCUGGCGUGGCUUCCUUCAAGUUGGCUGACUCAGUCUGGGAGGAUUCACUCAGCAAGAGGCAGAGGAACAAAGGCAGGAUGAAGACAUUGCCUGUGCUUGUGCUGUCUCUUACCUUACUGACUGUCUUCUCAGAGACCUCCCCGAUUUUGACAGAGAAGCAGGCCAAACAGCUCCUAAGAUCUCGGCGACAGGAUAGACCAAGCAAACCCGGAUUCCCCGACGAGCCAAUGCGGGAAUACAUGCACCACCUGCUCGCCCUGGAGCAUCGCGCUGAGGAGCAGUUCCUGGAGCACUGGCUGAACCCUCACUGCAAACCCCACUGUGACAGAAACAGGGUUCAUCCUGUGUAAGGGGAUCAGGACCAGCCUCGCAAGCAUUUUAAUAGACAACAAGCUGGAUAAUGUUGAAACAAGACAAGGCUGCUUCUUUCACUUGUUUUUAAAUUGCAGAAAUGGAUGUCUUCAGACCUUGUGAACUGUGGGCAUAUCAAAGAUUGCCUUGGAAAUGGCAAAUAUAUAUACUGCUUCAUUUUACUAACCUGCAUAAAUCACUAAAACCAAUAGCUUAAAGCAUAGACACCUCCCAAAGAUCUUCCCAUCAGUUUGCAAGAGUGGGAACAACCAGAAUCUUACCUGGGGUUGAUGGAGCUGGAACUCCCAGACCAGGAGUUGGGGCAGGCUGCCUGCCCUAAGGAAUUUGGGGAAUCCUUGUUCAGAGUAGUGAAGCAUACCACUUGGGGUUGCUGAGUUGUUUUGUCCUCUAUUUUUUUCCUCUUCUUUUCUGCCCUAAUAAACAUUGCUAUUAAAUUUA